GGUUCAAAAAACCCUAGCAAGAAGCGAAUCGCGGUUCGGAGUUGUCCAUCAUUGUCGGCCAAGCGUCGAGGCCGACGCCACAACCAUGAGUCCAAUUCAGAAUUUCGAGCAGCACUCUCGCCAACUUAUCGAACCCGACCUCCCAAUCCAAGGGAGGCUUCAAAUGGUAAUGGAGGUCCGCGACAGUCUGGAGAUUACUCACACAGGGGAGUACUUGAAUUUCCUGAAAUGUUACUUCCGGGCGUUCUCGGCGAUCUUGUAUCAGAUAACGAAGCCACAAUUCGUUGACAACCCGGAGCACAAGCUCCGGAACAUUGUUGUGGAGAUACUCAAUCGUCUGCCGCACAGCGAGGUGCUUCGGCCCUUUGUUCAGGAGCUCCUCAAGGUCGCAAUGCACGUGCUCACCACUGAUAAUGAGGAAAAUGGCUUGAUUUGCAUCCGUAUAAUAUUCGACCUCCUUAGGAACUUCAGGCCCACCUUGGAAAACGAAGUUCAGCCUUUCCUUGAUUUCGUCUGUAAAAUCUACCAGAACUUUAGAUUGACCGUCAGCCAUUUCUUCGAGAAUGGAGGUGCGGCCGCAGCUGCGGCCGCAGCAGCAGCCGCAGCUUCCGCAUCGUCAUCUGGGUCGUUGGUGUCUGCAUCUACGCCUUUAUCAUCCACAUUUGGUUCAAUGGGCGGAGAAGAUUCUAAGCUGAUGGACGUCUCAGAGCAAGUUGUUCCUCCUACUGGAUAUGCUGGGGCUGGGCAGCUUAAUCCUAGUACACGGUCCUUCAAGAUUGUGACAGAGACUCCAUUAGUGGUCAUGUUUCUGUUUCAGUUGUAUAGCAGGCUUGUUCAGACUAACAUUCCUCAGUUGCUGCCUUUGAUGGUUACGGCUAUAUCUGUUCCGGGUCCGGAAAAGGUUCCGCCUCAUUUAAAAAGUCAUUUCAUUGAGCUAAAGGGUGCACAAGUUAAGACCGUUUCUUUCUUAACUUACCUCUUGAAGAGUUUUUCUGAUUAUAUCAAGCAACAUGAAGAGAGUAUUUGUAAAAGCAUUGUCAACCUCCUUGUUACUUGUUCUGACUCUGUUUCCAUCCGGAAGGAAUUGUUGGUAGCCUUGAAGCAUGUUCUUGGGACAGAUUUUAAGAGAGGCUUAUUCCCUUUGAUUGACACACUCUUGGAAGACAGGGUUCUUGUGGGAACUGGCCGAGCAUGUUUUGAGACAUUGAGGCCAUUGGCUUAUAGUCUACUGGCAGAGAUUGUUCAUCAUGUCAGAGCAGAACUCUCCUUGUCACAGUUGUCGCGGAUUAUUUACUUGUUCUCUAGUAACAUGCAUGAUGCUUCAUUGUCACUCAGUAUUCAUACUACUUGUGCUCGCUUAAUGUUGAACCUGGUGGAACCAAUUUUUGAGAAAGGCAUUGAUCAGCCAUCUACGGAUGAAGCGCGGAUUUUACUGGGGCGAAUAUUGGAUGCUUUUGUUGGGAAAUUUAGUACAUUUAAGCGCACAAUUCCUCAGCUACUGGAAGAGGGGGAGGAAGGAAAAGAUCGGAUCACUUUGAGGUCAAAGCUUGAGCUCCCUGUGCAGGCAGUUCUGAGUUUGCAGGUUCCUGUGGAACACUCAAAGGAAGUCAGUGACUGUAAACAUCUGAUUAAAACCUUGGUUAUGGGAAUGAAGACUAUAGUUUGGAGCAUCACUCAUGCACAUUUACCCCGAUCACAGGUUUCACCUUCCACACAUGGGACACCUCCACAAGUGCUUGGUCCUCCAUCAUCCAAUCCCUCAAUGCCUCAAUCAUUUAAAGGGAUGAGAGAAGAUGAGGUUUGGAAAGCUUCUGGAGUUUUAAAGAGUGGUGUUCACUGCUUGCCCUUGUUUAAGGAGAAGGAUGAGGAGAGGGAAAUGGUUAAUCUAUUUUCUCAGAUUUUGGCUAUUAUGGAACCUCGAGAUCUUAUGGACAUGUUCUCAUUGUGCAUGCCUGAGCUUUUUGAAUGCAUGAUUAGUAACACUCAGCUAGUUCACAUCUUUUCUACCCUUUUACAAGCCACCAAGGUCUUCAAGCCAUUUGUAGAGGUUCUGGUUAAUUUCCUUGUGAGUACCAAACUUGAUGUUCUGAAGCACCCUGAUUCACCUGCAGCAAAGCUUGUUUUGCAUCUUUUCCGGUUUCUAUUUGGUGCUGUUGCUAAAGCUCCAUCAGAGUGUGAACGUAUCUUGCAGCCUCAUGUGCCUAUUAUCAUGGAAUCUUGCAUGAAAAAUGCUACCGAAGUUGAAAAGCCACUUGGUUAUCUGCAGCUUCUUCGUACAAUGUUUCGAGCACUUGCUGGUGGUAAAUUUGAACAACUAUUGAGGGACUUGAUUCCUACACUACAACCCUGCCUGAAUAUGCUCUUAGCCAUGCUUGAGGGACCCACUGCAGAAGAUAUGAGGGACCUUCUGUUGGAGCUUUGUUUAACCCUCCCCGCACGCUUAAGUUCAUUGUUGCCACAUCUUCCGCGCCUUAUGAAGCCUUUAGUUCUAUGUCUUAAAGGGAGUGAUGAUGUAGUGAGUUUGGGUUUAAGAACACUAGAGUUUUGGAUUGAUAGCUUGAAUCCUGAUUUUCUUGAACCAAGUAUGGCAAAUGUUAUGUCUGAGAUUAUUUUAGCCUUGUGGUCUCACCUAAGGCCUGCACCCUAUCCAUGGGGUGGGAAAUCAUUGCAACUCCUAGGCAAGUUAGGUGGUCGUAACAGACGUUUCCUCAAGGAGCCUCUUGCACUUGAGUGCAAGGAGAACCCUGAGCAUGGGCUUCGCUUGAUUCUUACAUUCGAGCCCUCCACGCCAUUUUUGGUACCUUUGGAUCGUUGUAUAAAUCUUGCUGUAGCAGCUGUUAUGCAGAGGAAUGGCAGCGUGGAUGCUUUUUACCGGAAACAAGCUUUAAAAUUUGUUCGUGUGUGCUUAUCCUCUCAGCUUAAUUUGCCAGGAAAUGUUACUGAAGAUGGAUUAGCACCCAAGAAGUUGUCAGCUUCUGUUAUUUCCCCAGUGGAUCCAUCUUGGAGAAGAUCUGACAUGUCUGACAUGAAGCCUGACUUAGGUGUGAAGACAAAGACCCAACUUAUGGCUGAAAAAUCUGUUUUUAAGGUUCUCUUGAUGACUGUCAUUGCUGCUGGUGCAGAUCCUGAUUUACACGACCCCAAAGAUGAGUUUGUUGUUAAUGUUUGCCGCCAUUUUGCUAUGGUAUUUCACAUAGAACAUUUGUCAGCAAAUACUGCAAGUUCGUCUGCUCAGUUUGGAGGUCCAGUACUUUCAUCAAAUGCCAGUGUCAGUUCCAAGUCUAGAAAUAGUACUUCAUCUGAUCUUAAAGAGUUGGAUCCAUUGAUCUUUUUAGAUGCCUUAGUGGAUGUUCUAGCAGAUGAGAAUAGACUUCAUGCUAAAGCUGCUCUUAGUGCAGUUAAUGUGUUUGCUGAAACACUUCUUUUCCUUGCUCGCUCAAAGCAUACUGAUGUGCUUCUGUCAAGAGGGGGCCCUGGUACGCCAAUGAUUGUAUCUAGUCCAUCAAUGAGUCCUGUUUAUUCACCCCCUCCAAGUGUCCGUAUUCCUGUUUUUGAGCAGCUUUUACCUCGUCUCUUGCAUUGUUGCUAUCGAAGUACUUGGCAAGCGCAAAUUGGUGGGGUUAUGGGGCUUGGAGCUAUGGUUGGAAAGGUCACUGUUGAAACAUUAGGCGGGUUUCAAGUUAGGAUUGUCAGGGGUCUGGUAUAUGUUCUUAAAAGGCUUCCUGUAUUUGCUUCCAAAGAGCAGGAGGAGACCAGCCAGGUGCUGACACAGGUUCUUCGUGUGGUGAAUAAUGUUGAUGAAGCAAAUAGUGAAGCCCGACGGCAAAGUUUCCAAGGAGUUGUGGAGUACCUGGCAUCUGAGCUUUUCAAUCCUAAUGCAUCCAUUAACGUGAGAAAGAUUGUGCAGUCCUGUUUGACACUUUUAGCUAGUAGAACAGGCAGUGAAGUUACUGAAUUGCUUGAGCCUUUAUAUCAACCUUUACUUCAGCCUCUUCUAUUGCGGCCGCUCCGGUUAAGGACAGUUGAUCAACAGGUUGGGACAGUUACUGCUCUAAAUUUCUGCUUGGCCUUGAGACCCCCUCUUCUUAAAUUGACUCAAGAACUUGUCAACUUCCUGCAAGAAGCAUUGCAAAUUGCUGAGGCUGAUGAAGCUGUGUGGGUUGUGAAAUUUAUGAACCCAAAAGUGGCCACAUCGUUAACUAGGCUUCGCACAGCUUGCAUUGAACUACUAUGUACAGCUAUGGCAUGGGCAGAUUUCAAAACACAAAAUCAUUCUGAACUGCGGUCAAAGAUUAUUUCAAUGUUCUUUAAGUCCUUGACAAGCAGGACUCCUGAAAUCGUAGCUGUUGCCAAGGAGGGCCUACGACAGGUCAUUCUGCAGCAAAGGAUGCCUAAAGAACUUCUUCAAACCAGCCUGAGGCCCAUAUUAGUUAACUUGGCACAUACCAAAAAUCUCAGCAUGCCUCUUCUGCAGGGUCUGGCUCGACUGUUGGAACUUCUUUCCAAUUGGUUUAAUGUUACAUUGGGGGGCAAAUUGUUAGAGCACCUCAAGAAAUGGUUGGAACCAGAAAAACUGGCACAGUGCCAGAAGUCAUGGAAGGCUGGUGAAGAACCGAAAAUAGCUGCUGCUAUAAUUGAACUAUUCCAUUUGCUUCCUUCUGCCGCUGGGAAGUUCCUUGACGAACUUGUAACCUUGACUAUUGAUUUAGAAGCAGCCCUUCCGCCUGGACAAUUUUAUAGUGAGAUUAACAGUCCAUAUCGCCUCCCACUCACCAAAUUUUUGAAUCGUUAUCCAGCAGCUGCAGUUGACUAUUUUCUUUCUCGAUUAUGUCAGCCCAAAUACUUCAGACGGUUUAUGUAUAUAAUUCGGUCUGAUGCUGGCCAGCCCUUGAGAGAAGAACUUGCAAAGUCACCAGAAAAGAUUCUAGCAAGUGCAUUUCCUGAAUUUGUACCAAAAUCUGACGCUUCAAUGGCUCAGGGAUCUUUAACUCCACCAGCGGCUUUGGGUGAGGAAGGCCUUGUUACUUUACCUGAGAGUUCGAGUGCACCCUCCCCAACCCCAGGAGCAGCAUCAGAUGCUUAUUUUCAGGGGCUUGCACUAAUUAAAACUCUGGUCAAAUUAAUGCCUGCCUGGUUGCAAAGUAAUCGUACUGUCUUUGAUACUCUAGUGCAGCUUUGGAAGUCAGCUGCCAGAAUGGCCCGGUUGCAAAAUGAACAGGAACUGAACUUGGUGCAAGUAAAAGAAAGCAAAUGGCUUGUCAAAUGCUUUCUGAACUACUUACGACAUGACAAAACGGAAAUUAAUGUUCUCUUUGAUAUCCUCUCCAUCUUCUUAUUCCGUACCCGCAUUGAUUUUACUUUCCUGAAAGAGUUUUACAUUAUUGAGGUAGCUGAAGGUUAUGCACCCAACAUGAAGAAAACACUCCUCCUGCAUUUUUUGAACCUUUUCCAAUCAAAACAACUUGGCCCUGAUCAUCUGGUUGUUGUCAUGCAAAUGCUCAUUCUUCCAAUGUUAGCCCAUGCCUUUCAAAAUGGCCAAAGUUGGGAGGUGGUUGACACUGCUAUUUUAAAGACAAUUGUUGAGAAGCUUCUUGAUCCUCCAGAAGAGGUUUCUGCUGAUUAUGAUGAACCCUUGAGAAUAGAACUAUUGCAACUAGCCACUUUGCUUCUCAAGUAUCUUCAGAAUGACCUUGUUCAUCAUAGAAAAGAACUCAUUAAGUUUGGUUGGAAUCAUCUUAAACGUGAAGAUAGUGCCAGUAAGCAGUGGGCAUUUGUUAAUGUUUGCCACUUCCUGGAGGCCUAUCAAGCUCCAGAGAAAAUAAUACUCCAGGUGUUUGUUGCACUUCUCCGAACUUGCCAGCCAGAAAAUAAAAUGUUGGUCAAGCAAGCUCUUGACAUACUAAUGCCAGCACUUCCUCGAAGAUUACCUCUUGGUGAUUCUCGUAUGCCAAUUUGGAUACGCUACACAAAAAAGAUUCUGGUUGAGGAAGGUCACUCAAUUCCUAAUUUGAUCCAUAUUUUCCAGCUCAUUGUCCGACAUUCAGAUCUCUUUUAUAGCUGCAGAGCACAGUUUGUACCUCAGAUGGUGAAUUCUCUGAGUCGCCUUGGGUUGCCAUAUAAUACUACAGCAGAGAACAGGCGUCUUGCCAUUGAGCUUGCUGGGUUGGUUGUUGGUUGGGAAAGACAAAGGCAGAACGAAAUGAAAGUGGUGAGUGAGGGUGAUGUCUCUAACCAGAACAAUGAUGGACUCAACCAUGGCUCUUCUGGUCUUGAUACCAAGCGUCCAAUGGAUGGAUCUGCUUUUGCAGAAGAUCCAAGUAAGAGGGUAAAGGUUGAACCUGGUCUUCAAACCCUUGGUGUUAUGUCACCUGGUGGUGCCUCAUCAAUUCCUAACAUAGAGACCCCGGGAUCUGCUGGACAACCUGAUGAAGAAUUCAAGCCAAAUGCUGCAAUGGAGGAAAUGAUUAUCAAUUUUCUCAUACGAGUGGCAUUAGUCAUAGAGCCCAAAGAUAAGGAAGCAAGCCAAAUGUACAAACAUGCUUUAGAUCUCCUAUCACAAGCUUUGGAAGUGUGGCCAAAUGCAAAUGUCAAGUUCAACUAUCUAGAGAAGUUAUUGAGCAGUAUUCAACCAUCUCAAUCAAAGGACCCAUCCACAGCUCUUGCGCUAGGCUUGGAUGUCAUGAAUAAGGUUCUGGAGAAGCAACCACAUUUGUUCAUCAGAAAUAAUAUCAACCAGAUUUCUCAGAUUCUUGAACCUUGUUUCAAGUAUAAAAUGUUAGAUGCUGGGAGGUCAUUAUGUUCCUUGUUGAAGAUGGUCUUCAUUGCUUUUCCUCUAGACUCACUUAAUACACCACCAGAUGUAAAAAUGCUAUAUCAAAAGGUUGAGGAACUCAUGCAGAAGCACCUUACCGCUGUCACUGCUCCACAGACAUCUGGGGAAGAUAGCUCUGGUAGCACAAUUAGCUUUGUACUAUAUGUCAUUAAAACAUUGGCAGAGAUGCAGAGGAACAUAAUUGAUCCUUUCAACUUGGUGCGUGUCCUUCAACGUCUGGCAAGAGAUAUGGGUUCAACAACUGGUUCUUAUUCCAGACAGGGUCAGAGAACAGAUCCUGAUUCUGCAGUUACUUCUUCUCGUCAAGGUGCUGAUGUUGGCGCAGUCAUUGCUAAUCUUAAAUCUGUCUUGAAACUAAUCAGUGAAAGGGUGAUGCUUGUUCCAGAUUGCAAACGAACCAUAACUCAAGUCCUAAACAACUUACUGUCUGAUAAGGGUACUGAUGCCACUGUUCUUCUUUGCAUACUUGAUGUAAUAAAGGGGUGGAUAGAGGAUGACUUUAGUAGGCCUGGAAUGCCUGUUGGAUCAAGUUCUUUUCUAUCUCCGAAAGAAGUGGUUUCUUUUCUUCAGAAACUUUCACAAGUUGACAGGCAGAACUUUAGUCCAAGUACUCUAGAAGAGUGGGACAGGAAAUAUCUUCAACUUCUUUAUGGACUUUCUGCUGAUUCAAACAAAUACCCUCAAUCCCUUCGGCAAGAAGUAUUUCAGAAGGUAGAGAGACAGUUUUUGCUUGGUUUAAGGGCAAAAGACCCUGAAAUGAGGAUGAAAUUCUUCUCUCUUUAUCAUGAAUCUCUUGGGAAAGCAUUGUUCACAAGACUGCAAUACAUCAUCCAAGUCCAGGACUGGGAAGCUUUAAGUGAUGUCUUUUGGCUCAAACAAGGCCUAGACCUUCUUCUUGCCGUUUUAGUUGAAGAUAAACCUAUUACACUUGCUGCUAACUCUGCCAGGGUGCGACCACUGCUUGUUUCAGAUUCUCUUCCAGAUUCUUCUGGAAUACAGCCCAUGGUUUCUGAUGGUUCGGAAGAUUCUGAGGAAGCUCCGCUAACAUUUGAAAGACUUAUAUCAAAGCAUGCACAGUUUUUGAAUGAGAUGAGCCGACUUCAGGUGGCUGAUCUUGUUAUUCCUUUGAGGGAGUUGGCACAUACAGAUGCAAAUGUUGCAUAUCAUCUGUGGGUUCUAGUGUUUCCAAUUGUCUGGGUGACCUUACUCAAGGAAGAGCAGGUUGCACUUGCUAAACCAAUGAUAACUCUCUUAUCAAAAGACUAUCACAAGAAGCAGCAGGCAAGCAGACCAAAUGUCGUGCAAGCUCUUUUAGAAGGGCUUCAGUUGAGCCACCCUCAGCCUCGAAUGCCUAGUGAACUUAUUAAAUAUAUUGGAAAGACUUACAAUGCAUGGCACAUUGCAUUGGCUUUAUUAGAAAGCCAUGUUAUGUUGUUCAUGAAUGACACAAAAUGCUCGGAGUCUCUGGCUGAGCUUUAUAGAUUGCUCAAUGAAGAAGAUAUGAGGUGUGGACUAUGGAAGAAAAGAUCGGUAACUGCAGAAACCAGGGUUGGGCUUUCUCUUGUUCAGCAUGGCCACUGGCAGCGUGCUCAAAGCCUCUUUUACCAGGCUAUGGUAAAGGCAACUCAAGGCACCUAUAAUAACACUGUUCCAAAGGCUGAGAUGUGUCUUUGGGAGGAGCAGUGGCUUUAUUGUGCUAGUCAACUCAGUCAAUGGGAUGCCUUGGUUGAUUUUGGAAAACUUGUUGAGAAUUAUGAAAUACUGCUGGAUAGUCUUUGGAAACAGCCAGAUUGGGCAUAUUUGAAAGAUCAUGUCAUUCCAAAGGCCCAAGUAGAGGAAACUCCAAAACUUCGUAUUAUUCAAGCCUAUUUUGCACUUCAUGAAAAGAAUACUAAUGGCAUAGGAGAUGCUGAAAACAUUGUAGGAAAAGGUGUUGAUCUUGCCUUGGAACAGUGGUGGCAAUUACCUGAGAUGUCUGUUCAUGCAAGAAUUCCACUUCUACAACAGUUCCAACAACUGGUCGAAGUUCAAGAAUCAGCCAGAAUCAUUGUUGAUAUUGCCAAUGGAAGCAAAGUUUCAGGGACUCCUGUUGGUGUACAUGGUGGCCUAUAUGCAGAUCUGAAAGACAUCCUUGAGACCUGGAGACUUCGAACUCCAAACGAAUGGGACAAUUUAACUGUUUGGUAUGAUUUACUCCAAUGGAGGAAUGAAAUGUACAAUGGAGUCAUUGAUGCCUUUAAGGAUUUUGGUAAUACAAAUCCACAACUUCAUCACCUAGGCUACCGUGACAAGGCAUGGAAUGUUAAUAAGCUUGCCCACAUUUCUCGUAAGCAGGGCCUUUAUGAUGUUUGUGUAUCAAUACUGGAGAAGAUGUAUGGACACUCAACCAUGGAAGUGCAGGAGGCUUUCGUCAAAAUAAGAGAACAAGCAAAGGCUUACCUUGAAAUGAAAAAUGAACUCAAUAGCGGCCUUAAUUUGAUCAACAGUACUAAUCUGGAAUAUUUUCCAGUGAAGCACAAAGCUGAAAUUUUUCGUCUUAAAGGCGACUUCUUACUGAAGAUGAAUGACUGUGAGGGUGCUAAUCUUGCAUAUUCAAAUGCCAUCAGCCUUUUCAAAAACUUGCCUAAAGGAUGGAUUAGCUGGGGGAACUAUUGCGAUAUGGCUUAUAAAGAGACCCAUGAAGAAAUUUGGUUAGAGUAUGCUGUGAGCUGCUUUCUUCAAGGUAUCAAAUUUGGCAUUCCUAAUUCCAGAAGCCAUUUAGCCCGUGUUCUGUAUCUUCUCAGUUUUGAUACACCUAAUGAACCUGUGGGGAGAUCAUUUGAUAAGUAUCUGGACCAAAUACCACACUGGGUUUGGCUCUCUUGGAUUCCGCAGCUAUUACUUUCUUUGCAGAGGGCAGAAGCACCACACUGCAAACUUGUUCUACUAAAAGUUGCCACUGUGUAUCCACAGGCACUAUAUUAUUGGUUGCGCACAUAUUUGCUAGAACGCCGUGAUGUUGCAAAUAAAUCUGAAUUUGGUAGAUUAGCAAUGGCUCAGCAAAGGAUGCAACAAAAUGUCUCUGGUGUUAAUGCGAACUCUAUUGGCUUGACUGAUGGGAGUACUAGAGUGGCAAGUCAUGGUGGGGGCUCUUUAGCUUCUGACAGUCAGGUCCACCAAGGAGGUCAAGUUAGUGGUGGUGUUGGAUCUCAUGAUGGAGGAAAUUCUCAGGUUCAAGAACCUGAAAGAUCCGCAGCUAUUGAAGGUCCCGUGCAUGCUGGGAAUGACCAAUCCCUACAACAGAGUUCCCCAGCUAUCAAUGACAGCCAGAAUGCAUUGAGGCGUAAUGGUGCCCUGAAUAUGGUUGCUUCUGCUGCAAGUGCUUUUGAUGCUGCAAAAGAUAUAAUGGAGGCUCUAAGAAGCAAACAUACUAAUCUAGCUAGUGAACUUGAGAUUCUUCUGACAGAAAUAGGUUCAAGGUUUGUUACCCUGCCAGAGGAGAGACUAUUGGCAGUAGUUAAUGCUUUACUCCACCGUUGUUACAAGUACCCAACUGCAACUACUGCAGAAGUUCCUCAGUCUCUGAAGAAGGAGCUCUCUGGUGUUUGCAAGGCAUGCUUUUCAGCAGAUGCUGUGAAUAAGCAUGUUGAAUUUGUGCGAGAGUACAAGCAGGAUUUUGAACGUGAUCUUGAUCCAGAAAGCGCAGCUACAUUCCCUGCCACUCUUUCUGAACUUACUGAGCGGUUAAAGCACUGGAAAAAUGUUCUGCAGAGCAAUGUUGAGGAUAGGUUUCCUGCUGUACUGAAGCUGGAAGAGGAAAGCAGGGUGUUGCGAGACUUCCAUGUUGUGGAUGUGGAGGUUCCAGGACAAUAUUUUACUGAUCAGGAAGUUGCACCUGAUCAUACAGUAAAGUUAGACCGGGUUGGAGCUGAUAUUCCAAUUGUGAGAAGACAUGGAAGCAGUUUCCGGCGAUUGACUCUAAUUGGCUCUGAUGGCUCCCAGCACCAUUUUAUUGUUCAGACAUCAUUGACCCCCAACGCCAGAAGUGAUGAGCGUAUAUUGCAGCUAUUCCGUGUGAUGAACCGAAUGUUUGAUAAGCACAAGGAAUCGAGACGCCGAAACAUAUGCAUUCACACCCCCAUUAUUAUCCCUGUUUGGUCCCAGGUACGCAUGGUAGAAGAUGAUUUGAUGUAUAGUACCUUCCUUGAGGUUUAUGAGAACCAUUGUGCAAGGAAUGAUCGAGAGGCAGAUCUACCCAUUACCUAUUUCAAGGAGCAGCUGAACCAAGCAAUUUCUGGCCAGAUCUCUCCAGACGCUGUGUCUGAUCUUCGCCUGCAAGCUUACAGUGACAUAACUAAAAAUUUUGUGACUGAUAGCAUUUUGUCCCAAUACAUGUACAAGACUCUCUUGAGUGGAAACCACAUGUGGGCUUUCAAAAAGCAGUUUGCCAUUCAGUUGGCACUCUCAAGUUUCAUGUCAUUCAUGUUGCAAAUUGGGGGAAGGUCCCCAAACAAGAUACUGUUUGCUAAAAACACUGGGAAAGUAUUCCAGACUGAUUUUCACCCUGCAUAUGAUGCAAAUGGAAUGAUUGAGUUUAAUGAGCCAGUACCUUUCCGCUUGACAAGGAACCUGCAGGCAUUCUUCUCACAUUUUGGGGUGGAAGGCCUCAUUGUUUCUGCCAUGUGUGCAGCUGCACAGGCUGUGGUUUCACCAAAACAAAGCCAGCAUUUAUGGCAUCAUUUAGCUAUGUUUUUCCGGGAUGAACUCUUAUCUUGGUCUUGGAGAAGACCUCUUGGGAUGCCUCUGGCCCCUGUUGUUGGUGGGGGUAGUUUGAACCCUGCUGACUUUAAACAAAAAGUCAUUACAAAUGUGGAGCAUGUUAUUGGCCGGAUCAGUGGAAUAGCCCCACUGUAUGUCUCUGAAGAGGAUGAGAAUGCGGUUGAGCCACCACAGUCUAUGCAGAGAGGGGUGACUGAGUUGGUUGAAGCUGCUUUGAGCCCCAGGAACCUCUGCAUGAUGGAUCCAACGUGGCAUCCCUGGUUCUAGAUGCAUCUAUAGAUCUAUUAUACAUCGCGAUCUGUGAUAUGUAAGUUUAUCAGCAGUGGUGGUGGUGGUGGUCUUGCUUGUAAAUAUUCAGUGUAAAUUUUGCUGUAAAGCCGACGCCAAUUAACUAGCCAGUGUACUGUAUUGUGUACUCUCUCUCUCUCUCUCUCUCUCUCGACUGGGGUUGUAAGUUGCAACUUCGCACCGAAUAUCGAAAUCGGUGUUAUUACAGCUGGUGAGAUCCAAAAAGGUUUCUUAUUGGUGCUA